UUCGUAUCGUCUCUUCUUCCUCCGAGAUAGUUCUCUCCUUCCUCGAUCGAUACGUCGCCGCGCGAUCGUCUGCCUUCCCGGAUCCGUCCCCCCGUCGAUUCCGACGGUCGCGUCCGGUACGUGUCCUCUCCCCCCUCCCCAUCUCUCCUCCUCGCUAGCCGGGACGGUCUCCGGGUGCCGCAUCGCUGUCAAGAAUCACCGUCGGAAUUCGCGGUGCAGAGCCGCGUCGCCGACUCCGAUCACUCGACGAAUUUAAUAAUUGUGAAUACGACGAUUUCAAUCGCGUUUCUUCCGAGUGGCUUCGACGGCUGAACUUUAUAUUCCGGAGCUCCACUCGGCGCCACGUACAUACGAUAUUCCGUUUCCCCGAUUAGCACGCUCAGCGCGAGAGAGAGAGGAGAGAGAGAGAGAGAGACAGAAAGAAAGAGAGAGAGGGGAGAGAGAGAGAGAGAGAGAAGAAGGAGAAAUUAGUUUUGCGAUUGUAAAAGACGGCACGUAUAGAAGCGCGCGGCGAUAGGAGCGAUCGCGGCCGUCCCGUCGUUGCGUCACGUCGUUUUCAGUAAUCUUGAACAGAACGAGGCAAGAUGCCGGCCGUCAGAGGAGAUGGUAUGCGUGGAUUGGCGGUAUUCAUAUCGGACAUCAGGAAUUGCAAAAGUAAAGAGGCAGAAAUUAAGAGAAUUAACAAGGAACUAGCAAACAUACGCAGCAAGUUUAAAGGAGAUAAAACACUCGAUGGAUAUCAGAAAAAGAAAUAUGUUUGCAAGCUGUUAUUUAUUUUUCUUCUUGGCCAUGAUAUCGAUUUUGGACAUAUGGAAGCUGUCAAUCUACUUUCAUCAAAUAAAUAUUCAGAGAAACAAAUUGGAUAUCUUUUCAUAUCAGUCCUAGUGAACACUAAUAGUGAUCUGAUUAAGUUAAUCAUACAAAGUAUAAAAAAUGAUCUCGCCUCACGCAAUCCAAUUCAUGUUAAUUUGGCGCUGCAAUGCAUCGCUAAUAUCGGUAGUAAGGAAAUGGCGGAAGCCUUCGGCAAUGAAAUUCCAAAAUUGCUUGUCUCAGGAGAUACCAUGGACGUUGUGAAACAAAGUGCUGCGUUGUGUCUACUGCGACUAUUGCGGACAGCUCCUGAUGUCGUACCUGGCGGUGAAUGGACGUCGCGUAUAGUUCAUCUGUUGAACGACCAACAUCUGGGCGUUGUAACAGCCGCAGCAUCACUCAUAGACGCUCUCGUAAAAAGAAAUCCCGAUGAAUACAAAGGCUGCGUUAGUCUUGCAGUUUCGAGAUUAAGUAGAAUUGUUACGUCAAGUUAUACAGAUCUGCAAGAUUAUACGUAUUACUUUGUACCAGCCCCAUGGUUAUCUGUCAAGUUAUUACGUCUGCUGCAGAAUUAUACACCACCAGCCGAAGAUCCAGGUGUGAGAGGCAGAUUAAACGAAUGUCUAGAAACAAUAUUAAACAAAGCUCAAGAACCACCCAAGUCAAAGAAGGUCCAGCACUCAAACGCGAAAAAUGCUGUUCUCUUUGAAGCCAUUAGUUUAAUUAUUCACAACGAUAGCGAGCCGAAUCUCCUUGUACGAGCAUGCAAUCAGCUCGGUCAAUUUUUAUCGAACCGAGAGACCAAUUUGCGAUACCUGGCACUCGAAUCUAUGUGCCAUUUGGCUACUUCAGAAUUCUCGCACGAAGCCGUAAAGAAACACCAAGAAGUAGUCAUAUUAUCAAUGAAGAUGGAGAAGGACGUUUCUGUGAGACAGCAAGCAGUAGACCUAUUAUAUGCCAUGUGUGAUAAAAGCAAUGCCGAAGAGAUUGUUCAGGAAAUGCUAAAUUAUUUGGAGACAGCUGAUUACUCAAUUAGAGAAGAAAUGGUCCUUAAAGUUGCGAUUUUAGCGGAAAAAUAUGCAACCGAUUAUACUUGGUAUGUUGAUGUUAUCCUAAAUCUGAUUAGGAUAGCAGGCGAUUACGUAUCCGAAGAAGUUUGGUAUCGAGUUAUUCAGAUUGUUAUCAAUCGAGAUGAUGUUCAGGGCUAUGCUGCGAAAACCGUCUUUGAGGCGCUGCAAGCACCCGCUUGUCACGAAAAUAUGGUUAAAGUUGGUGGUUAUAUACUUGGAGAAUUUGGUAAUCUCAUAGCUGGCGACCAACGAUCUUCUCCAGCUGUUCAGUUUCAACUACUACAUUCCAAAUAUCAUUUAUGCUCUCCCAUGACUCGAGCAUUACUACUUUCGACGUAUAUAAAGUUUGUCAAUCUGUUCCCCGAAAUACGCAGCCAGAUCCAAGAUGUCUUCAGACAGCAUAGUAAUUUACGUAGCGCAGACGCUGAGUUGCAACAAAGAGCAUCAGAAUAUUUGCAAUUGAGUAUUAUUGCUUCAACUGAUGUCUUGGCCACCGUAUUAGAAGAAAUGCCAGCAUUUCCCGAAAGGGAAUCCUCCAUUCUUGCAGUUUUAAAGAAGAAAAAACCGGGUCGAGUACCAGAGAAUGAAAUUAGAGAAAGCAAGAGUCCAGCGCCAAACACUAAUCAUCACACUGAACCUCCUCCUGCUGCUGCUACAACCGUGACAGUUAAUAAUUCUUCUGCUGAUUUACUAGGCUUGUCAACUCCACCUUCCUCGCAACCGUCUAGUAAUACAGGCGUAUUGCUUGAUGUUUUGGGAGAUAUUUAUAACAUGCCAAAUAAACUUGGUACUACCAACGGCACCCAAAAUACAUACAAUCCUAAAAAGUUUGUUUGUAAGAAUAAUGGUGUUUUGUUUGAGAAUGACUUGAUACAAAUCGGUGUAAAAUCGGAGUUUAGACAAAAUCUUGGACGUGUAGGUCUUUUUUAUGGAAACAAGACGCAAUAUGCCUUGCACAGUUUUCAACCACAACUAUCUUGGACAGAUGAGAAUCAAGCAAAGUUAGCUGUACAAGUAAAACCUGUUGAUCCUAUAUUGGAAGCUGGUGCUCAAAUCCAGCAAAUGAUCAAUGCAGAAUGUAUUGACGACUAUAAUGAUUCGCCGAGCAUGAUUAUCUCCUUCAUUUACAAUAAUGUGCCACAGAAGAUCACAAUGAAGUUACCAUUAACAAUUAAUAAGUUCUUCGAACCAACAGAAAUGAAUGGGGAAUCAUUCUUUGCAAGAUGGAAAAAUCUUGGCGGAGCGAAUCAACAACGAUCACAAAAGAUUUUCAAAGCGCAACAACCUAUGGAUCUGACACAAGUACGCACGAAACUACAAGGAUUUGGAAUGCAACUGCUUGAUGGCAUUGAUCCGAAUCCCGAUAAUUUUGUCUGCGCUGGUAUCGUUCAUAUGAGGGCGCAGCAAGUGGGUUGCCUGUUACGUCUUGAACCUAAUAAACAAGCCCAGAUGUUCCGUUUAACAGUACGUUCGAGUAAAGAAUCGAUGUCGGUAGAGAUCUGUGACCUGCUGGUGGACCAAUUUUAAACGGCCUAGCAGGCGUAAAUAUUAUCGAAAAAUUAGCACUACGUCGUGAGAGGACAUAUCAUUAUCGAACGAUGAUGUCAUCUCGCGUCGUUCAAAAAGAUAUUGAUGGUUAUUUGUUAAGAAAUAUUUGCGUUGUACCCAAGCUUACACUCAAUAACGCUCUUAUCUAAGAUCUAUAUCUUCGUAUAGGUAGUUUCGUGUCACUAUAUAUCAUUUUAUUGAAGAGGCAUAAGUUUGAAUCAGGAUUAUCGAAAUUAAGUACUGAAAAAAACGAGGGAUAUGUAUAUGAACUGGCUAUGACAGACAGUAUUAUCUCAUAAUCGAGGAUACUAAGGUGUGGAUCUGUUUUGAAUGUGUCUGCAUCUUAUA